AAGGGCAAGGACCUUAUUACUAUAAGCAUGGGAUUUUUGGGAGCGGCUGGAAGAACUCUGGAGAAAGGAGAAGGAGGGUUUCUUGAAGAAAUUCAAGUGCAAGAGGCGGGGAUGCCCAACGUUCUACAGGAAACAGCGACGACUGAAAGCGCGCAACCGACGAGCGGCCGGGUGGCGGGGGGAGGGGACGCAGCGACGCAGAACGCACACGGCGCAACGGAAGCCGACCUGGCGGCACACAUCCAGCAACAGCAGGCCCUGCACCAAGCCAUCCUGCUCCAACACCAGCAACAGCAGCAGCAGGCCUUGAAAGGAGCCAAGCCUGGAGACAAAGGGGUGCCAGUGUCCGCUGCACAGAUGCCGCAGGUUUUGCUGGCUCCCCAGCAGCUGACACCUGUCCAGCUGCAGCAGAUCCUGCAGCAGCAGGUGCUGUCCCCGCAGCAGCUGCAGCAGCUCAUGGCACAGCAGACGCUCAUACAACAGCAGCAGCAGCUACAAGAGCUGUAUGCCAAGCCGGGAGUGAACAAGGACCAGCAGCUAAAGAUGCAGCAGCAGCUACAGGAGCAGCUGCAGCUCCAGAUGCUUCAGCAGCAGCAGGCCAUGGCGGCGCUGGUGGCCACCACGGGUGCGGGAGGGAAGCAGCCAGACCCCAGCAAACAGCAGCAACUCCAGCAGAUGGCUCUACAGCAACAACUCAUGUUACAGAUGCAACAGGCACAGCAGCAGCAGCUGAUCUUCAGACAACAUGGCCUGGUCCAAACCCAGCAGGGCAUCGUGCCUGUCCAGCUCACACAAGGUCUGUCCCCAGCGGAGCUCCAGGCGCUCUGGACACAGCUGACCGCCGGCGGGAUCGUCCAUGAUCCUACCAAGGCCACUAACAACAUCACUGUCAAUGUCGCAGCAACCUCCACCACCGCGGGGGGUACCGCCGCCCAGGCCGCCACCACCAUCCCGACGUCUCCGUCCGUGCCAGCGCCAGUCAUGAACGGGCAGGCGUUCGCUUCCGCCGCGGGGGACGCAGCCUUGUUACACGCAGGACUCGUCAUGGCCAACCCACACACGAUUUCCAGCCCCAUUGCGGACGGUCGAACCUCGCCAGGGCACAACCACCCUCUGUACGGGAACCGCAUGUGCAAGUGGCCGGGAUGUGAGGCCGUCUGCGAAGACUUUGGGCUCUUUCUCAAGCACCUGAACACAGAACACGCGCUGGAUGACAGGAGUACAGCCCAGGCCAGGGUGCAGAUGCAAGUGGUGGCACAGCUGGAGAUUCAAAGUGGAUGCUUUCCCAAAUGGAAAGGGAGGCUAGGAGCAGGAUCACGCCAGUCAUGUCCAAGCCCGAGCCUCCGCCCCCGUUGCCGCCACCCUCGCCGGUUGUUACCCAUGAUUCCACGCCACACACGCCCACCACCCCGACGACUCCGGUCAUGACGGCGCCGGCGACGCCCACGGCCGUCGGGCCAAUCCGACGCAGGGCCAGCGAGAAGUACAACCUGCCACUGUCAGAAGAAAUCCAGCGAAACCAUGAAUUCUAUAAGAAUGCAGACGUGCGACCACCGUUUACCUACGCUUCUCUCAUAAGACAGGCUAUCAUCGAAUCUCCGGAGAAACAACUCACCCUCAACGAGAUCUAUAACUGGUUCACGAGAACCUUCGCGUACUUCCGACGGAACGCUGCGACAUGGAAGAACGCUGUACGCUACAAUUUGUCGGUUCACUCUUGCUUUCAAAGACUUGAGGACAGUUUCGGCUCGUAUUGGACAGUGGAUGAUGAGGAAUUUAAAAAGCGACACCACGUUAAGCGGGGCAGGCCUAGAAAGUACCCACCUGAUUAUGAGCACGAUGAGCCCAAAUCAGGCGACACUGACAAACUCAUGCCUGAAGGUUGGAGUCUACCACUUGCUGGUAGGGGGUUUGGCCGCAGUCGAGGGAUGGGAGUUGUACCCGACCAUAACCUGUAUGCAGCCAACAUCAAUGCCAAUCUACAGGUAGGCGCAGCUUUUCUGUAUGAGGCGACCUUGGCAGAGAACAACCUCCCCCUCCUGAGUAGCGCCGCCACCGGCCUGGCGGGACCCCCCACGUUGCUUCCCGACAGGGACGGUUCCGAGCAUGUUCCCAGCGAAGAGGAGUCCCCUCACAUGAGCCCAAGCGAUGUGCAGGUGAAGGUUGAACAGGUGCAGGUGAAGCUGGAGCCGCAAGAGGGCGCUCCUAGGCAGGGGACAAACGGGGACACCAGGGCAGAGGAGGUCGAGUCCCCCAAAUAACUACCUUCCACUCCAACAACCUAACCACUCAAUACAAGGGGUUCGCAAGGGGCAAGGCUGGAAAAAAAGAGGACACAGACUUGUCUUAGUUUUAAGACUCAUUACAAAAGGCUUCCAUGUAUCGUUGUCACUGGGGGAGCGGAGUGAAAGAAACAUUGAGACUCUCACCAAAAGUUAGCAAUUUCUGUUUCCAUGGCAACGAGUUGUGAACUUCUUUGCCUGAUGCAUACCAGCAGGCCUGGUGGUGACCUUUGACCUAUAAAAGAAAAAUUUUGAUUGGCUCUCAUUUAGUUUAGGUAAACUUUAUUGCUAGAUCCCUUUCUUUUCUCUCUUUUUCCUUGCAAACAAUCAAACUUUAGCUAUGUCUGGAAAUGUUAAGUUUGUAUGAAAAUAAGUUGGUAUUUUCCUUAGCAUUUAUCCCCCAAACAAGCAUAUGUACAGCACUAGGAUGCUAUGUAGAACGGAAAGUAAUUAUGAAGUCUGCCAAGUAGUUAAGAUAGAUACGAUAUGUUAGGGUUUGUGUCCUCUUUUUCCAGUCUUGUCCCGUGCUCUCUUUGUCCAGACCAAAUUAAUCGUAACCAACCCUCCAAAUAACGUCACUUUUAGACCAAUUUUACCAAAGAGUCGAUUUUCGUUGUGUUGUGACACUGUGUCGCCGGGCAGAAUAUUUUUGCCCAGUUUUUUUCUCAGUUUUCUGUCGUUGACUAUUUCCUUGUUGGACAGGAAACAUUAUCAAGAACUCCCCUCAGAAUGCAGGUGGUAGCACCCCAUGAGUAAGCAACAGGCACAGUUUGGGGGAUGCGCCACUCUAGCAGAGGGGGUGUUAGAGAAAUGGUCUCACACCAGGGUUCUGGUCCCUGUGCAAACCGCAGCUGUAUGUUGCUUUUAGCUAGCCCCAUAGAUGGCUCUAUUUUUAUUGUGCAAAUGCAUUAUGUGCUUACUUUAGCUAGGUUUAAUGUUAAAUGUAUUAUGUUAACGUAAUUAGGAUGAUCGCAGUGAUCCAAAAAAAUUGUUUUUGUCCGCCCAUAGGAUUCAGGGCGAAUAAUGCCACUUAUUUUGUGUUUUAUGAAAUUGUGAGAAAAAACUGAGAACGCUAACAAUCCUGACCCAGUACCAAAUAAGAAAAGCACCGAUCGGUACACGUUGUAACCCUAGUGUUAACUUGCUCAUGCCUUAGCUAGUCUCCGUACUAUGCAGUAUAAGUAACAGACUACUGCGUCGUUAAUUCCCAAACCCUCAUUAAUUAACCUGUUAACAGUUGUAAAUGAAGAUUUCUCCGUAAUUGAAGACGAUAAUUAAUUAAUGUGCUGUACAAAGAAAAUGAUGAAUCAAUUAAUGACUUAGUGCGCUCGAAAUUUGUAGUGCUAAAAAACCUACCGUAGGAAGAAAGAAACAAAAAGACUAAAAAUGCCAAAAAAAAGUGUCCAUUGAGAAGAGAGAAAAAAACACAGAUUAAGGGCAACUAUUUUUCUGAGAGAUAUUGCCGGAAUCGGAACGUUUAGCCUUACUGGAAAGCUACACCAAACAUAACCGACAACAAUUACACUCCAGCAGCUGCUGAUAUCAGAAGCUUUAACAGAAACAGAGGAAAUGAGAAACUGUCAAAAGAAAUGCCGCACACAGAAAGCUGGAGAGCUAAUAUUCAGUCCUUAAGAACCUACUUUCAUUUGUUGACCAGCUUCGUACAAUUGAGAACUUAUAGUGUUCAUUAGUUGUGCAUAUUUCACAAAAUUCAGCUGUCCUGUUAUGGAAAAUGCUGUCUUAGAUCGUUGUCAGCCUUGGUUCUUUCACAGCACCUGCUUGAAAGUUCUAUGAUGGCCUAAAACAGUUGUGGAAAAGAUUAAAGCUUUUUCCUCAAUUGGUAAGCUGUUUUAAUUUGUAUUUCUGAUGUUUCCACUGGUUUAAGUUGGUUUAAAAAUUUGCACCUAUUUCUUUUCUUUUUUGAUGGGACCAUUCCAACAUUGAGGUCCGAGGCCAAUGAAGAAGAGGUUUUGGAUUUCUGAAAUUUGACAGUUUAUUCAACAAAACUUUCAAGCAGAAUUCUCAGUCUCAGCUUUCUGUGUGUUGGGCAUUCGUGUAACUGGUUAAAGCAAGGGGUAGGGAGGGGCAAGGACAGCGAUUUGUUUUGCCAAAUCGGUGUUAAUCAGAUUCUGCUUUAUUCCAUGGAAGAGCAUGAGGAGUUACAAGGCCAAUAAGUUUCUGAAACAUGGAAAGAAAAGCACCCCAUCUAAGAUGCCGCCCCUCCCUCUCCCCUUGCCAAAGCAACGAAAGAAUCUAAUACCAAAAAAAGUUGGACUGCACCCUCUCUGUAUAGAUAUGAACAACAUGUAGAAGAAUAUACCAAACCGCUAGCAUUUUUCCAAAGUUUUGCAUGACUUUACAAAAUUCCAAAGCAAUAUGCUGAUCACACAUGGAAGUGCCCGAACUCCACAAACCAAACCAAACCAAACAGACUCAGCACGUGGCCUUGUUUUUACAAACCAACCUACUCCAAAUGGCAGUCAAACCAAAGUCAGAAACAGACAAAGAUCAUUGAACUGUGUCCUGUUCAAUUUUGUUAAAUUUAAAGAUGAUUCUGCACGACUUUUUUCAGUGUACAGUCAGUAUACAGUCUUUUGUUUUUAGCUGAAAAGAGGCAUACAAUGUCCAAACACAUUGCAAAUUCUGUCUUCAGUUGGUUUACUUUACGUCAAAGAAAGAAUGGAAUUGAGAAUGGUAUAAAUAGGGGGGAUUAGCAUGGCAGCUGUAAUUAAAGAUUAGUUUGAGAUUUUUAAGAUGACAACACCGAACACAACGAUGAAGUUCUCAAACAGUUAAGAUAUGUUCAAAUGGAAGCAUCAUAUUGAUGUGUUCUUCUUUAAAAACAUUCCUAUGACUAUGAGUAUCCUCCCCAACAUUAUGAAAAAUGAUUUCUUUGUUAAUUUUUUAAAACCGUGUUUGCUAUGAAUGUUUGAAUGAGAAGACUUUGCGGGUGCAGUCCAACUUUUCCAUACACUCUAAAUCGCCUUACCACCUCACAAUAAACCGUACUACAACUCACUAACACUUUCACCAAAGAGUACCCAACAUCUACAGUCAAACCAAGGGAUUUUUCUGGACUACAUGAUUGUACACUCAACUAACCUCAACAGUUCUGCAGACUUUUGUGAUGACAUUAAAAUCCAGUGAAGACUCUAUCUAGAAUUAAGUACUAGACGUAGUGCUAAAUGCUCAAUGCUUGCAUACAAACGUAUCUUUUCUACUAGAGGGCCACAGCAAAAACUUUGGCACAGCUUUGAACAAAAAAUAUAUAUCUUUGCCUCUCAUUAUUACUAGAAUGUGUUUCAUGUCAUUUGUGUACAAAAUGAAAACAUGUUUUCCAAAGCAGAUUUGCACAGGUAAAAUUUAACCCUCCGAUAGCUAGAUCCAUCUACCAGACAUGGUGAAUCCAUUUAUGCGUAGGUUAACUAGUUUGCCAAAAGUCAUGUGCACAAGAUUUAGUGAUAUCAUAGGUACUGCAAAAAAAGUACACAUCGCAACAAUGAUUGGCAAAAAUAUAUAUAUCUACAUUUCUCUAAGCUUGUUAAAAGUUUUUUGCUGUGGCUCUUUAUACAUGUAUAGGUAUCUGCCAAUGCAACUUUGCAACAGUAAAAUGCGUCCGUAGUCGGGCAUGAAAGUACCUACAGUACAUAGGUGAAUUUCGGGGAGCACACAAGGAAAGGACGAUAAAGAUAUGUGAACGAUUAUAGAUAGAAGGCCAUGUAAUGGUUGGGUUCCAUGUGAGCGAUCUGGGUGUUAUAAAAACUAGGUUUGGAGACUGUGUCCACCCAGGUUCUGUUGUAGAAGGCAGCAACAAAGACCAUUCCAGACUUGUCACGUCCUGACUUGGUUGCUCCCAGACCAUGUAUGCCUGCCUGUAUGUUGUUCAAACCAAACCACGUCGUGUUUUUUUUCCUAUGACUAUUUGUGUGAAGAAAUAUGUCAGGAUUAUGUUUCAAAGAAAUGAUUAUGUUUUUAGCUAUGUAUUCACCUAGGCUAGGGUUCGUGCAUUCUGUGGAAUAUACCAGGAAUUUCUGGAGACUUUUCUUUUCAUGAUGCAAGGAGUUCUGGAAAGAUUUUGUGAUUGGCCAUAUGCUGUCUCAUACAAAACCCGUUUUAGAGACUCGAAUGUGAGAAAUAUUCGCCUCCCAAAACUCAUCUGAGGACAAAAAUGCCACAAUUUUCUAAUGGAGAUCAAAAUUUUGAAAGUGUCUCAAGAAAUUUCUGGAAGUUUUGGCAACGCUCUCAGGGAGCAAGCCCAGCAUUUAUAUUCCCUCUCUGUGUGAAUUCCACCAUCUCUCGUUUUGUGAAGCCAACUAGACACAAAGAUAGGACCAGCUUUUGUUGUUAGAACACAGAUAUGUCUCAAUGUUGCACUAGGUCCCUACGAUAUAGUUUAUUUUGGUAGUUGCCAAACAUCCAAUAAGGCAAACAUAAUCAUGGCGGUAGAAUAGUUGCUGUUACGUCAUCUACGUCAUCCCUGCAAAGGCAUGGCGAUAUAACGUUAGGUAGGACAAGAACAAAAAAUGUGAAUGUCACAAAAAUGGCGUGGAACUGUUUCCGCUUAGAAUAAAACAUGCUGCUAAUGUGGCUUUGCGACAGCAAUACUUACAAUAAACAUUGAGUUGGUCUACAUGUAACCUUGUAAUAAUAAUAACAUUUACCAAAGCUGAAGAAUUUGCCCAUUGUCUUGCUCGUCUGUCUGUCUCAGUCGGAAGGUAAUCAUUCUCAGUGUAAUCUCCAGUGUAUGAUGCGGUCGUCGUGAACACAAAGACUUUGUAAUCACCGUUGCAGAGAUAUUGUUAAACCCACAAGAUCUUCUUGUCAUCGGGCGUACCAAAAAAGUCUUUACCAGAUUGUACUACAUUGUUGGAACUUUUGAUGCAUCUUUGAGCAACAGAUAAAUUGGAAUUUUUUAUCGAAAAUGGCAAACAAAGACUUGUGGGUUUAGCACUAGCGCGGCAAUACUGACAUUAGAAUGACAAGAAUAUGCUUCACUAUUUUUUCUGUGAAAUGCUAGGACGAUCAGCAAGGUAAAGAAGAAACAAAAUGUUUGUAGAGACUCCAGUAGAUAAGACAAAAAUAAUUCUCAACAGGGUCUGCAGUGGUAGAAGUACCAAGUAGCGAACUGGACAGCAAAGACUUGCUUGUUGUGUUGUGUUAUCAAUGGUCCAAGAUACCAAGAGCUAACAUAAACCGGUGCUUAUACAAAAACACA